CCCCUUGCCAUAUUCUGUACCAGGCCGUCCAGCUGCGCGCUAGGCUUCGGGAAGUCUGCUCCGUCGCCUCUCUCGCCCCCUCUCCUGGACCUUCUCCCCCUUCUAUCUGGUACCUAGUUCCGGCGCCUUUGAAGCACGAGCUCCCCUCCUCUUCUCUGAGUCGGGCCCGACGAAGUCGCCAUUGCCGCCGGCGAGCGCGUAAAUGUAGCGGUGCUGUGCUGUAGCUCCUGGGGACGAAGAGGAACUACCCAAAGGAGCCGACUAUCUUCUGCACCUUGACGAUUUCAGGUUUGUGCAGUGGAAAUAGGACCUGGCCAUCGUCCUUUAUAGCUCAGGAUCCAAGGUAUGAGUACCGAAUUUGGUUGUCUGUUAUACAUGUACAGUCAUAUUUUUUCCUUCUUCCAGGCCAUUCAGUUUCCCAUGUGUUUGAAGCCAAUGGCAUUUGGGAAUAUGAAUAGUACGGGCACGAACUUGAUCCGUCGGAUCUUGAUGAAAUUGUAGUAGUAAUCACAACAGUCGGUGCAAAAAUAGUUGAGGGGAUGUGCUCUGUGUGUUAUGUUCAUUUAUAUACAAUUUUCUUAUACAUUUGCUAACUUGAUAGUAAGGUGUGUACAUGAACGACUCGGCAUGUAAGUGAAAAAAAUGACUUCCUAGGAACCUACUACAUGACAAGUGUGGGUUCGUUACUGGUUGUUCCUGCGGGGUUCUUGUAGAUGAACUAGUAAUGUUCUAUAUGAACUUCUUCCACAUUGCUGAUGUGAAAUGGGAACGGCAUUUGCAAUGCUCAAUUGAACUUUCUAUGGUAAUGCUACUUGUUCAUGUUCCUCAUUUUGUCUUGCUGCAGUCCACAUUGUAGCUAUGCUCUUAAGUAAAAAGUCUUGAUGUGUUUUGCCUGGUAGUAGGUUAGUUAUCCACUUUUUAACUUGCGUGUGAUGUUUUGUGUUAUAUUUGCAUGAAAAAAAGUCAGCCAUGGAGUCCAUGACAAGUGCUGCUCUAAGUAUUGGGUCAACUACGGCAAUGGGAGUUGAAGAUGAUGCCAACAGCUUUGCCAUGGGCACGAUCCAACAGGUCGAAAACGAUGAAAAUAGCUACCACACGCCAACACGAACUAGCAGUCUUCCAUUUUGUGGGUCAAGAUAUGACCCCGAGUGUGACCCUAACUUACAACCCGUAAUUGGUAUGCAAUUUGACACUUGGGAGGAAGGUAUGCCAUUCUACAAAAUGUAUGCUCAUGAAGUCGGGUUCUCAGUUCGCACAUGGACGACACACAAAGAUGAACAUGGCGUAGUAUGGAAGAGGUUUGUUUGUGCUAGGGAGGGUUGGAGAAAGGUGGCCCCAGAAGAGGAAAUGAUAAAGCCUAAACGAAAAUUCAAAUUAACCAGGUGUGGUUGUGAGGCUAUGAUUGGAUUGAAGAGGCAAGAUGAUGGCAAAUAUAAGGUUGCCCGGUUUGUUCAAUCACACACUCACCAACUUAUUUCGCCAAGUAAGAGACAUCUCAUCAAGUCAAAUAGAGAAGUAAGUAGUGAGUUGAGGAGCAAACUACUUACAUGUCAUAAGGCAAUGGUUGGCACAUCUGCAACAUAUCGCUUGCUUAGUGUUGAGAAGGGGGGUCCCGAAAAUGUGGGCUGCACAAAGCGUGACUUCCAAAACUCUCACCGUGAUUUUAAAAGAGCAAUUAAGGGAGCAGAUGGACAGAUCAUAGUAGAUAUAAUGAAAAGUAAGCAGGCUGCCAAUCCAGCAUUCUACUUUGAUUACCAAGUCGAUGAGAAUGACAAACUUACAAAUAUUUUCUGGGCGGAUAGCAUAUGCAGAAAGAACUACUCAUUGUUUGGUGAAGUUGUGUCUUUUGACUCGACAUAUCGAUUUAAUAGGUAUAACUUGGUAUUUGCCCCUUUCACAGGAGUUAACAACCACAGAUCUUGUGUCACGUUCGGUGCUGCUUUUUUAUGGAAUGAGAAGAAAGAAUCUUAUAUAUGGUUGUUCAAGACUUUCUUGAAAGCAAUUCUGGGGUUGCGCCUAAGCUCAUCAUGACCGAUGAAGACCAAAGCAUGAGAAUAGGGAUAGAACAAGUUUUUCCAAACACUAUGCACAGGCUUUGUAUGUGGCACAUCCUCAUGAAGCUUACUGAAAAGGUUGGUACCACCAUGAAAAAUAAUCCAGAUUUUCAUGAACGGUUCAUGUCAUGUGUUUGGGGAUCAGAGACACCAAGUGAGUUUGAGUCACAAUGGUGUUCAAUAAUCUCUGACUUUGGGCUAGCAGAUAAUACAUGGUUGCAGGAGAAGUAUGAGUCACGCAAUUCAUGGAUUCCGGCAUAUUUUAUGGAGACCCACCUUGGCGGAAUCUUGCGUACUACAUCAAGAUCUGAGAGCGAGAAUGCAUUCUUCAGACACUCCGCCAACCGAAAUCUUGCAUUGAUUGAGUUUUGGGUCAAGUUUGAAACAGCUUUAGAGGAACAAUGGCAAAAAGAAUUGCAAGAAGACAAUGCCAGCCUUCAUACACUGCCUAUGCUCGAGACUUGUUGGAGUAUUGAGAGUCAUGGUAGAGAUGUGCAUACUCAUGAGGUUUUUGCUGAAUUUCAACGUCAGGUGGUGGCUGCAAGGGAUUAUUGUCAUGUUAAAUCAAUUGUCCAGGUUGGUGAGGUCCGGACCAUUGGUAUUAGCAGCAAGAGUGGUAAAGUUAGAGUAGUUAGUUUCAACACUAGUACUAAGGCAGCACACUGUUCUUGUAGGAUGUUCGAAUCACUGGGUAUCAUCUGCCGUCACAUCAUUGUUGUCCUAAAGAAUGAGGGGUGUGAUGAAAUUCCUAGUCAAUAUGUGUUGCAUAGGUGGACUAAAAUGGCAGCACGUCAACUUUCCUAUGACGCCAACGGACAUGAGCUAGAAGGCCCAUCUACAUGUCUCUCACCUACCAUAAAAAAGUUGUACUCAAAAACAUGUUCAAAAUUCAGCUUGGCACUUCAUGCAUCGAAGCAUUGUGAGGAGAAAAUGAGAUAUUUUCACAAGGUUGUUGGUGAUGCCUUCACGCAAUUGGAACAGAUGGGUGCCAUUAGUGAGCAAAGUAAAGUUCAAGAAUUUGAAUCCUUCGUCGGAACAUCAUUCCCAAGUGUGAUCAGUAUUCAUCCACCAGAUGUAGCAAACACAAAAGGGAGUGGUAAGAGAUUGAAAAGGGGUUCAGAGCAGACAGUGAACCAAAAGAAAAAAGAGGGCAAAUAGCAUCCAAAAGGUUCCAGAUUAGUAAGGGCGGUGGUUUCACUAAUUUGAUGUUGGAAUAAUUAUGUGAAGUCAUGCAACUGGCUACGUUCUUGCUGGAAAUGGCGGUGAUAAUCAUAGGCGAUGAGGUUUUUGACCUUUUGGUCUUUUCUAGGAGCUCACAUUUGCAGUGUGUGUCACUGAAGCAUGCAUAUGUUCUAUGUCUGUAACUCUGGAUGUGGUCACUGUUAGCUUCAGGAAGUUGCUAACACUAAACCAUGUUGUCUCAUUAGCCGUGUUUAACCUGGAAGAAAAGAUUGUAUGACCUGGCAAGGAAUUACUAAGCCUAGCUUAAUGUAGGUUUGAAGAUUUGGUUUGUCUUUCUGUGUUACUGUCAGUUGUAGCCAGCUUUGCUAUAUGUCGUGCUGAUGUCACCACUUUCCGAAUUAGUGCAACCUUAUUACUA